AUGGCUUGCACUCGUUGUGCUGCUUGCAAAUAUUUGAGAAGAAAAUGUCCUUCUGAUUGCAUUUUCUCUCCAUAUUUUCCUGCAAAUAAUCCUCAAAGAUUUGCUAGUGUUCAUAGAAUCUAUGGUGCUAGCAAUAUUGGAAAGAUGCUCCAGCAACUACAUGUUCAUCUACGAGCUGAAGCAGCGGACACUUUGCACUACGAGGCGCAAUGUCGAAUUCAAGACCCUGUCUAUGGUUGUGUUCGAAUCAUUACUCAGUUGCAUCAACAAAUACACAAUGCACAAAGCCAAUUAGCCAAAACCCAAGCAGAGAUCGUCUUCUUCACUGCCCAGGCUCAUGAAGAACUCCAAGAAGCUGCAUCAACCUUCAACACCUUAUUGCCCCAACAGAGCGACUUUGGCCAGUCAUUUUAUGGUUCUUCCACUCCUCCUUUUUACUAG